CCCGGAUUCCGGUGGUUUGUGCCAAGUGCCGAGCAGGAGUAGCGGCAUCCGGUUCGGUUCGUCGUCCGGACCCCACCUUCGCUGCACUAUCUCGAAUCCUCUCCUUCCCCUCCGUCUCUUCUCCGGCCGAUUCCUCCAGUCCUCCACCCACCGCCGCAAGUGGUCCCGCGACUCACCCGGAACCGGCAGUGAAGAAUCGAGGCGUCGUCUCUCCAGCCCCCGCCCCCCAUCACCAUGGAGGUACUCCGCUCCAUCCUCUCUUGCUUCUCCUCCCGCUCCCGCACCCGCUCCCGCGCCCGCGCUCGCGCCCAAUCCCAUCAUGGCCUGUGGUCCAGCGGGGCCAGCGACAAGAACAAGUCCAUGGUUGAGCAGCUCCAGAGGUACGGGGUCAUCAGGUCGACCAAAGUCGCGGAGGUGAUGGAGGCCAUCGACAGGGGGUUGUUCGUGCCACCUGGGGGCACGCCGUACCACGACAGCCCCAUGCCGAUUGGGUACAAUGCCACGAUAUCGGCGCCACACAUGCACGCCGCUUGCCUGGAGCUCCUGGAGAAGAAUCUUCAGCCUGGAAUGCGAGCUCUCGAUGUUGGGUCAGGCACUGGAUACCUAACUGCUUGCUUUGCACUGAUGGUUGGACCAGAAGGACGAGCAGUUGGUGUUGAACACAUCCCAGAGUUGGUUGCUACUUCUAUUGAGAACAUCAAGAAAAGUGCAGCAGCCCCACAGCUAAAUGAUGGAUCCCUCAGUAUACACGUUGCUGAUGGGAGGGAAGGUUGGCCAGAGCUGGCACCCUAUGACGCCAUCCAUGUUGGAGCUGCAGCACCGCAGAUCCCAGAGGCGCUGAUAGAGCAGCUGAAGCCCGGCGGCAGAAUGGUGAUCCCUGUCGGGACAGUCUUCCAGGAGCUGAAGGUUGUGGACAAGAAGUUGGAUGGCACGGUCGGCAUAAGAGACGAAACGUCUGUGCGCUAUGUGCCCCUCACUAGCAAGGAAUCUCAAUUGCACGCAAGAUGAUUGCCCGCCCUAUCAUGUCAAAACAAAUGUUAUCUUCACCAUGUCAGAUGAGGCAUUCAAUCGAUUCGCUACCAUUGUAAAUAUUAUAUUUUUAUAUUAAUCCUACUGCCUCUGUAAUGCGCUGGCUUGGAAAUAAUGUAAAUGAUGGCACAUCAUGAAACGUUUGUUUCUGUUCAGCUGCCCC